AUGAAGCUCGGGUCGAGCUCCCGCCUGCUGCUGCUGCCGCUGGCGAUGGCGCUGGCGCUGCUGGUGCUGCGGGAGCAGCGCCCGCCCGCCCAGGCGACGCCCAGCCCGGCCCCCCGGCCCGGCCCCCACCCCACCCGGCACCCGCUGCAGCCGCCGUACCCGCACCCCUACCGGUUCCUGCUGAACCACCCCGACAAGUGCCGGGCGCGGACGCCCUUCCUGGUGCUGCUGGUGGUGACGGCGCCGGCGGACACGGCCGCGCGCGACGCCGUGCGCCGCACGUGGGGCGACGAGGGCUCGGUGCCGGGCGUGCCGGUGCUGCGGCUCUUCCUGCUGGGCGUGCACCCCGUGUUCGGCGACGCGCUGCGGCCGGCGCUGCGCGAGGAGGACGAGCUGCACGGCGACCUCCUGCAGCAGGACUUCCUGGACACCUACAACAACCUGACGCUGAAGACGCUGAUGGGGCUGGAGUGGGUGAGCCGCUUCUGCCCCGACGCCGCCUACGUGGUGAAGGCCGACCACGACGUCUUCCUCAACCUGGAGUUCCUGGUGCGGCGGCUGCUGCUGCCGCCCAAGCGGGGCUUCGUGACGGGCCACGUGUACCGCGGCACGGGCCCGCUGCGCAGCCGCGCCUACAAGUGGUUCGUGCCGCGCGAGGUGUACCCCAACGACACGUACCCGCCCUACUGCGGCGGGCCCGGCUACGUGCUCUCGGGGGACGUGGCGCGCCGCGUGUUCGCCGUGGCGCAGACCGUGCCGCCCAUCAACAUGGAGGACGCCUACGUGGGGCUGUGCCUGCACGCGCUGGGGCUGCGCGUCCGCGACGGGCCCCCCGGCGCCUUCACCAUGUACCGCCUGCCCUACGACAAGUGCCGCUUCUCCCGCGCCGUCAUGGUGCACCACUACGGGCCCCGCGACCUGCUGCGCGUCUGGCCCCACUUCCGAACGCCUCCGUGCAGUGUCCCUAGGGCGGGAGCUGCUGGGGCCACUGGGACAUGCUGGUGA